UUUAAAAAGGUUGUAAUCGGUAAAUCAAACCUGUUUCGAAGUCGAGAUAUAAUGCCACAAUGCGUUCUUGACAUAUUGGUCACAUUUAAAUCAAAAUCAAAUAAAAAUUGACUGAUCUUAUACUAAACGAUUUAUUUUUCUAACAGAAAACUAUACACAAAAUGGGCUUCGAUUACUACGGCAUUCUAGGAGUGAAGAGAUCUUGCAACCAAUUGGAAAUUAAGAAGGCGUAUCGCAGACUAGCACUAAAAUAUAACCCAGAGAGGUACGACAAUGAUGAAAACAUGAGACGAAUCUUCGCUUUAAUAGCUGAAGCGUAUGAAGUAUUGGUUAAUCACAGACAUAGAGCGGUCUAUGAUCAGUACGGAGAGGAAGGUUUGAAAAAAGGUGUCCCUGGGCCCGAUGAAUACAUCCAGCCUUAUUCUUAUCACGGAGAACCGAUACGAACAUUUGAAGAGUUCUUUGGAACAACCAAUCCAUACGCAAACUUGUUGGAUUACUAUGAAGACCCACCACCUAUGUUCGAUUCCCCUCUUGGUAAGGGUUACAAAGAGAAAGAUCCAACCAUAGUUCGGCCUUUGGCGCUAUCUUUAGAAGAGAUAUAUAGAGGUGGCUUGAAAAAGAUGAAGAUACAGAGACUAGUCUUCACUGAUGAAACAUGUUCAGAGUUAAAAUUAAGAGAGAAAGUAUUAUCGAUUCCAAUAAAACCUGGAAUAUACCCUAAUACUGAAGUACGCUUCAAGGAGGAAGGCGAUCAAGGCCCAACUAGGAUUCCAGCUGACGUAAUAUUUAUAACUGAAGACAGACCUCAUGACAAUUUUGUUAGAUCAGGUCUAAGUGAUCUCUUGAUGAUUCGUAGGGUGACAUUACAAGAAGCAUUAUGUGGAUUGAUGAUUGAUAUCAGAACGUUAGACGAUAGAACACUACACAUCAAAAUAACAGAUGUAAUAACUCCCACAUAUGAGAAAAUUAUCGAAGACGAAGGGCUACCGGUUCCCGUGUGUCCGAAUAAAGCGAAAGGGAAUUUAAUCAUCCGCUUUCAGAUUGAGUUUCCAGAUUAUCUAUCGAAGCGAACCAAAAAGGCAUUCGAAGAAGCUUUCAGGAUUAAAGAUGAAGAAGACAAAAGGUUCAGUAAAUUAAAAUGUGGCACACUGUCAACUUCUUCAAUUUAUUAACGAUUUUGAUGGGCAUAAAUAAACAUGUCAAAUGUAUCCAAGGCUUAAUUUUUUUCUUUCAAAUAUUGUAAUCUAAUGUUACUAAAAAUGAAUUUGUGUGAUAUUUAUUUAUAUCAAUAUGGACUAUAAAUAACUUAAAAUAUGUGGAAAGCACAAAAAUAUAUAAAUAAGGC